CUAAAACGGCGAUGAAGGAGCCUGUUCCUGAGCCUCUUCCAUAAAUGUUCUCUAACCUUUCCACUCACUUUGAACUCAUAAUGGGCUUCGGCCCUUUUAUUUAUGGAAACAUUUGCAACUUUCCUUUCCCUUCAAAUAUUCUCGGAGAUGCGUCUUUUAAUGCAGGAUUGGUUUAAGGGCAUAAAUCUUGCCGCAAAUCACUCCAUUUCCGGGCUGAAUCUGCUGCUUGCUAGGGAUAUGAAGUCCCUAUAAAUUACAGCUUCAACUUCCCUUUACUUCUCACUAUUCUUCUUACUUCUGCAGAUAUGGAUUUUAACCUUCGAUGUUCAGAGUCUAUGCCGGACUUCUCUAGGAUCGGAAUGAUGGAUGAAGAUGUUCCAGAUGUUCCAAGUAGACGAUCUUCUCCAGUUCGCGGCUUUUUCAGAUCUCAGAUCCAAGCUCCAUGCGCUUUGAUCAAGAACCUUCCAGAUAGAGACCGGGAGAUUGCGAUGGCCUUUAUCAAAGCGCUCGCAAUUCAACACAGGAAGCUAUCGCUGGAAAAGAAAAAACUUCGGAAGAAGAUUCAUCGAAUGCAGCGCAGGGUCACUGCGAUAUCAAGGGAUCUUCACAUCCUUAGUUCUCACCCCGGAGAGUGGAUUGAGCUCGGAAUCUCCGAAUUUGCUCGUAUCCCGGAUUGUAUGGUGCUAGUUCUUGAUCUUGCUGGUCAAGGAGUUCAAGUGUUCUGCUCUCCGGGAGGGUUUUCCUAACUCGAAGUGUGCGAAGAUCGACACUUUGUCUUGUUCGUUUGAAUAAAUGUUUUGCUUCCAAUCUCUUGUAUGUUCGCAUAACCGAACCUUUACUUGCUUCAGUUGUUCGCUCAGUCGAACCCUUUCCUUUAAUAAAGAAAUAAAAUAAACUUUUAUUA